CAGGUGAUACCAGAAACACAUAUAUAAGAAACCCAGAUUACAUUUUUAAGGUUUUUUUUUCGAAAGAAAUUGGAUUAAUCACAAACAUGAAGACGAUACCAUUGAUAUUAUCGACAGUCGUGGCUGUGAACGCCAUCCAGCCUGCCUUGUUCAACAUCCGACCACGUAUCAUGACCCAGACGUCGUUCAUCUCCAAGAUCACUAACAGAGUGGACGCUAUUGACAAGUGUAAAAUGUGCGUCGAUGUCUCCUUCGAAAUUUGCAACAACGUUCUCAACAUAAUUCUCAGUCCCAGGACGAUUGGACUGACCUAUGUGUCCAAAAACGGAACUGGAACCGGGCAAAUAGUUGUAGUCAUCCACACCAUUGAUGGGGUCCCAGUAGACGGUGGAUUCCUGAACGACGCUGCCCCAGCUGGAACCUACCACCGCGGCUUCAACCUAAAGGCUCAACCAGAUCCCGACUGCGACCCCAGUCAAGAAGACCGUGAAAAGUGGCUCCCAGGAGACUACACCAUGCAUAUUGACCUCUGCACGGCGAAUGUGGAAGCAAACACCCACACAGUAAACUAUACGACACUUGUAAUAUUACAUUCACCAUCACCAAAUGAGUGAAAACAACUGUCGUUCUAUACUAGGUGGCAAUAAAAACGCAAUCUCGG